UCUUGAAUUUGCAAUGUGGAGACCAAUGAGAAGGCUUGUAACAUAUUGUCGCUUCGGUAAAAUCUAGGCGGUAAAGAAAUAAUUCCUAUGCUCUUUCGUUUACUUUAAUUUAUUCCGAAAAUGUCGACGACUAAACAGCAACAAAACGCGCAUGGAGAUCAUAAAGAGAAGAAAAGGAAAGAAAGUAUUCUUGAUUUAUCUAAAUAUCUUGAAAAAAAUAUCCGAGUCAAAUUCGCUGGAGGAAGGGAGGCAGCAGGUAUUUUGAAAGGUUAUGAUCCUCUUUUAAACUUAGUACUUGACAAUACUACUGAAUAUCUCAGGGAUCCUGAUGAUCCUUACAAAUUAAACCAAGACACACGUAUGUUGGGUUUAACAGUCUGUAGAGGAACUUCAGUGGUACUUAUUUGUCCGGUCGAUGGCAUGGAAUCUAUACAAAAUCCAUUUAUACAACAGGAAGGUUAAAUAAUUAGUUUAUAUAUAUAUAUAUAUGGUGUCUAUAUGUGUAUAUAUAUACAUAUAUAUACAUACAUACAUAUAUAUAUAUAUAAAGCAAUUUAUAUAAUUUCCUAAAACAGAAGUAUGUUUUAUUAUUC